AUGAGGAUCGAGGAGCUCAUCAUCGACGGCUUCAAGAGCUACCCGGUCCGGACGCACGUCUCGGGCUUUGACUCGAGCUUCAAUGCCAUCACGGGCCUCAACGGCAGCGGCAAGAGCAACAUCCUCGACUCCAUCUGCUUUGUCCUCGGCAUCACCAACCUCUCGGCCGUGCGCGCCAACAACCUCCAGGACCUCAUCUACAAGCGCGGACAGGCCGGCAUCACAAAGGCCUCGGUCACCAUCGUCUUUGACAACUUGGACCGCCAGCGCUCGCCCGUGUCGUUUGAAAACUACCCGCAGAUCACCGUCACCCGCCAGAUUGCCAUGGGCGGCCUCUCAAAGUACCUCAUCAACGGCCACAAGGCCACCCAGCAGGCCGUACAGAACAUGUUCCAGAGCGUCCAGCUCAACAUCAACAACCCCAACUUCCUCAUCAUGCAGGGCAAGAUCACAAAGGUGCUCAACAUGAAGCCCGCCGAGAUCCUCUCGAUGAUCGAGGAGGCCGCCGGCACCCGCAUGUUCGAGGACCGCAAGGACAAGGCCAUCAAGACGAUGGCCAAAAAGGACCAAAAGGUCAAGGAGAUCACGGCGCUCCUCGAGGAGGAGAUCACGCCCAAGCUCGACAAGCUGCGCGAGGAGAAGCGGUCCUUUCUCGAGUACCAAAAGGCCUCGACCGAGCUCGACCGCCUCACCCGCCUCGCAAAGGCCCACGAGUGGCAGUCGCUCUGCGCCCGCUUCGAGGAGAAGCGCGAGGCCGUCGCCGCAAAGCGCCGCCAGGUCGACGAGCGCGAAGGCGAGGCCAAGGCGCUCGCCCGCCAGAUCGACGGCAUCGAGCGCGAGCUGGCCGACAUCGAGCGCAAGCGCGAGCGCGAGAUGACCAAGGGCGGCCGCCUCCAGGAGCUCGUCGAGCGCAGCAAGGCGCUCCAGCACGACCUCGUCAAGCAGCGCACUUCGGUCGACUUUAAGGUGUCGUCGGUCGACGACGAGGCCAAGAAGCUCCAGUCGGACCAAGCGGCGCUCGAGGCGAUGCGAACCACGCUCGACGACAAGCAGCGCGCCCUCGAGCAGCUCUCGGCGUCGUUCGGCACGCUCAAGGCCGACUAUGACGCAUCCGUGGCCGACCUCAACAAGCAGGACGAGCUGCUCCAGACGCUCCUCACGGGCAUGGCCAGCAGCGGCAACGGCGCCACCGAGCAAAACGGCGACAACAACAACGGCGGCGGCGCAUCCGGAGGCUACAUGGGCCAGCUGGCGGCGGCGCGGGCGCAAGAGUCGAGCGCAGGCACCGAGAUGGAGCAGGCGCGGUUGCGGAUCGGCCACCUGGAGAAGGAGCUCAAGCAGAAGGAGCUGCUGGCCAAAAAGGCGGAGCGGGAGGGCGCCGGCCUGGUGCGCGAGCUCGAGGCGGCGCGCGCCAGCGUCGCGGAGCUCCAGACCCAGAUCGGCCAGGCGGGCUGGGACGAGGAGAGCGAGCGGGCGCUGCUGACGUCCAAGGCCGACCUGAGCAAGCAGGUGGCCGAGCUCCUCGAGCGGCGCGACCGUCUCAAGUCGCAGCUGGCGGGCAUGGACUUCCAGUACGCCGACCCAGAGCCCGGGUUCGACCGCUCGCGCGUCAAGGGCCUGGUGGCGUCGCUGAUCGAGCUCGACGAGCGCAACCACCGCUACUCGACGGCGCUCGAGAUCUGCGCCGGCGGCCGCCUCUACAACGUCGUCGUCGAGGACGAGACGGUGGGCAGCAAGCUGCUCGCCAACGGCCGCCUCAAGAAGCGCGUCACGCUGAUCCCGCUCAACAAGAUCAACGCCUUUGUCGCGUCGGCGCAGAAGGUGGGCGCCGCCCAGAAGCUGGCGCCGGGCAAGGUCGACCUCGCCCUGUCGCUGGUCGGCUACGACGACGAGGUGACGCGCGCCAUGGAGUACGUCUUUGGCAACACGCUCAUCUGCCACGACGCCGCCACGGCCAAGCGGGUGACGUUUGACAAUGCGGUGCGCAUGAAGAGCGUCACGCUCGACGGCGACGUCUACGACCCCGCGGGCACGCUGAGCGGCGGCAGCAAGCCCAACAGCGGCAACGUCCUGGUGCGCAUGCAGGAGCUGCUGCGCAUCGAGCGCCAGCUGGCCGAGGCGCGCGCCCGCCUCGCCGAGUGCGAGGGCGAGAUCCGCCAGGCCCAGGAAAAGAUGGCGCGCUUCGCCAAGGUCAAGCGCGAGCUCGACCUGAAGCGGCACCAGGUGGGCCUGCUCGAGGGUCAGGUCAACGGCAGCAAUGCCACCAGGAUUCUCUCGGAGGUCGAGUCGUGCAAGACGUCGAUCGCCGAGCUGCGGACAACGAUCGAGGAGGCCAAGAAGCGGCAGCGCGAGGCGUCGCAGGAGGCCAAGCGGCUGGAGCGGGAGAUGGAGGACUUUGAGCGCAACAAGGAUUCGAAGCUCGACGAGCUCAAGGCCGAGAUCAAGCGCAAAAAGGGCGAGGUGCAGAAGCGCUCGGGCCAGAUCAAGGCACGGCAGAACGAGGUGCGCACCACCGAGCUCGAGCUCGAGCAGCUCAAGGCCGAGGUGGUGAGCGCCGAGGGCGGCGUGCGCGACGGCGCCAAGGCGCUCAAGGCCGUCGAGCGCGAGCUCGAGGAGAUGCAGAAGGGGCUCGAGAAGGUCCAGUCCCAGGUCGAGGCGACCGAGGAGGAGCUGACCGAGGAGCGCGCGACGCUUUCGGCGUACGACUCGGAGCUGUCGACGCUGCGCGCGGCGGCCAAGGACAAGAAGCAGGAGGUGGCCGACGGCCAGCUGUCGAUCAAGCAGCUGAGCCACGAGAUUGAAAAGAUGCAGCAGGACUGCAGCGCGCUGGAAAAGGGCGUCAAGCAGCUCGAGCAGCAGUUUGAGUGGAUCGUCAGCGAGAACCGCUUCUUUGGGCAGGCGGGCACCGCCUACGACUUUGGCAAGCACAACAUGGGCGAGGUGCGCAAGCGCUGCAAGAAGCUCGAGGAGCAGCAGCAGGGGAUGCGCAAGAAGGUCAACCCCAAGGUCAUGAACAUGAUUGACAGCGUCGAGAAAAAGGAGACGGCGCUGACGCAGAUGCUCUCGACGGUGCUCAAGGACAAGAGCAAGAUUGAGCAGACCAUCGAGGAGCUGGACCGGUACAAGAAGGACGCGCUGCAGACGACGUGGGAGAAGGUCAACGCCGACUUUGGAGACAUUUUUGCCGAGCUGCUUCCUGGCAACUACUCGAAGCUGCAGCCGCCCGAGGGCCAGGAGCUGACGCAGGGCCUCGAGGUCAAGGUCCGGCUGGGCACCGUGUGGAAGCAGAGCCUGACGGAGCUGAGCGGUGGACAGCGCUCGCUGAUUGCGCUCUCGCUCAUCAUGUCGCUGCUGCAGUUCAAGCCGGCGCCCAUGUACAUCCUCGACGAGAUUGACGCGGCGCUCGACCUGUCGCACACGCAGCACAUCGGCCAGCUCUUCCGCAACCGCUUCCGCGGCUCGCAGUUUAUCGUCGUCUCGCUCAAAGAGGGCCUCUUUACCAACGCCAACGUCCUCUUCCGCGCGCGCUUCCGCGACGGCACCAGCCUCGUCGAGCGCACCGUCAACGCCAACCGCACCACGGCCUCGACCAUCGCCGCGUCUUCCUCGGCGUCGACCACGGCGGCGGGAGGAGGAGGCGCGAAGCAGAAGGAAAAGGAGGGGAGGAGGGGGGGUCGCAAGACGACGUCGACCUCGACGGCGGGCGCGGCGACGGCGGCGAGUCGGACGGCGGUCGCUGCCUGA